UGACUCUCACGAGAUAAAACAAAAAAGAAAAAAAAGACCGUGUUACUAAACUGAAGAAAGGCAGCAUCCGACCUGCUGCUUCCAGAUCAUCUUUCCAUUCCAGCGAUUUUUAUUUAUUUAUUUAUUUAAAUAGUCGCUCCCUACAUUCACCAAACCAGCCCCGUUAUCCGAUUGAUGUGCCGCCAGGCAACAUUUACAAGAAAACACUAGAUAUUGGGGACACCUUGAACUUAAGCCACUCCAUGGUUAACACUAUGAUGCUUUUGUAAGAAGCGGACUAUAAAGAGAAACGGAACCACAGCGCUGAACUCAUCCCGCCCAGUCAGUUUUAUAAUUUAGCAGAGCGACUUCAAUUACACGGGAAGGAUUUGGGAUACCUGAUACUUUCUUUCUGCUGAAGGAGUCAUCAUGACAGUGGAUGUCCCUGGACUCGUGUCUGUGAUCGUUUUUUACCUGUUUAUCCUGGCAAUUGGAUUCUGGGGAUCUCAUAAAGCCAAAAAGGUGGAGAAGACAUGCACAGGACCAAAGAGCGAAAUUUCUAUCAUUGGUGGCCGCAACAUCAGUGUUCUGGUCGGGAUUUUUACCAUGACAGCAACAUGGGUUGGUGGUGGUUACAUUAUGGGAACUGCUGAGUCUGUUUAUACUCCCACUCAAGGCCUUGUGUGGGCUCUGGGGCCCCCAGCAUUUGCAAUGAAUUUUUUGUUGGGUGGACUGUUCUUUGCAAGACCUAUGAGAUCAAAGCGUUACGUGACAAUGUUGGACCCAUUUCAGAAUCGAUAUGGCAACAUAUUCACUGCAAUAAUCAUGCUUCCUGCUUUGUUCAGUGAUAUAUUAUGGGUUGCCUGCAUCCUUGCUGCUUUGGGUGGAACGAUGAGUAUAAUUCUUGGAAUAUCAUCUACAGUUUCCAUUAUAAUCUCAGCAGCUGUCUCCAUCAUCUAUACGUUUUUAGGAGGCCUCUAUUCAGUUGCAUACACAGAUAUUUUCCAGCUAUGUUUUAUAUUUGUGAGCCUGUGGCUCUGUGUUCCAUUUAUGGUGCUUAGUCCAGCUGUUACUGCCAUCUCCCACACACUCCCACUCAACGGCUCACAUGAACAUGCUUGGAUAGGACACCUGGACAUGGCUGAUUCUGGAAAAUGGGUGGAUGAGUUCCUGCUGCUGGCUUUAGGGGGACUUUCAUAUCAAUCCCUUUACCAAAGAAUCCUCUCUGCAGCCUCAUCUGCUCAGGCUCAGAUAACCUGUUUUGCUGCUGCAGGGACUGUUUUCAUUACAGGAAUCCCCUCCGUUGUUAUUGGUGUCAUGGCUGCGGCUGCAGACUGGAACCAGACUGAUUACGGUCUCCCUCCUCCGUUUGAACGCGGAGAUGCAGGGAAGAUCCUGCCUCUGGCUCUGCAGCACCUCACACCCACCUGGGUGGCAGUGUUAGGCAUUGGUUCUGUGGCUGCAGCUGUUAUGUCCUCCAUGGACUCUGUGCUGCUUUCAUCUGCAUCUAUGUUUACACAAAACAUAUACAAGACAACUUUGAGGAAAAAGGCCUCAGAAAGGGAACUACAGUGGGUGAUUCGUAUUAGUGUGCUGCUUGUGGGCCUGGCUGGAACAGGUCUGGCUUUUGAGGAUAAGAGCGUGGCCACUCUCUGGAUCCUAAGCGGAGAUCUCCUCUACUGUGUGAUUUUCCCCCAGCUGGUCUGUGUUCUGCACUUCCAACGUGCAAACACAUAUGGAGCUAUUACUGGCUUCGUGGUGGGUUUGUUGCUCCGUGGACUGAGCGGCGAGCCCGUUCUAGGGAUCCCUCCUCUGCUCCGGUACCCUGGAUGGAGGGAGGAGAAUAAUCGGAUCAUACAGUACUUUCCUUACAGAACUGUAGCCAUGUUGGCUUCUCUGAUAAGCACUGUAAUAGUAUCAUGGCUGCUGGACCAGAUCUUUGAUCGUCAACUUGUCCCUGAGUCCUGGGACCUUUUGCAGUUUUUUGAAAAGAAGAAUGAGACCGAGGAGGAUGACAAAGAAUCUGAACCUUGUUUGGAAACAAACCAAGCUUUCAAUACUAAAUUUUAAGCUAAAUAUCAUUACAACCCAAAGAGUUAAACUAAUCACGCACAGUUUUUGACUAGUAUUUUUUGAUUAGUCAAGGCAGCUCCAUUAUUGGUCAGAUUUUUUAAAGAAAAAUUGUAUUACCAAUUUGAAGACUGGAUGGUUCCAAUUUAUAUUUCACAAUGCAUGGUAAAAGUAUUCAUAUCUUUAAUAUUUUUUUCCGUAAAUUAAAAUCACAAACUUCAGUGUUUGAUUUAGGCUUUUAAAGUAGUAUAUACCGGUAAUUGUGAAGUAGAAAGAAAUUAUAGUUUUUUUUUUACUUUUAUUGAAAUGUAAUAAAAUUUCUUAAAUUUUGAUAUGCAUUUAUGUUAAUUUCAUUCCACAUUUGUCUAUUUGUGUUUCCAGUUAAUCUAGUUUAAGGUCGGUCAGACUUCACAGAGUCCGUCUAUGAACCUGACCUGUCUUUUCUGAUGUUGCUUGAUUGU